AAAAGAACGGCCCCGUAUUUGUACUUGACAUAUGUAAUGCCACAAUAAUCAACGGACGCCGUGGCGCACAGCGGCCCCACGUUUCAUCCCGAUAUGAUAAAUAAUGCAAAUGUGGGCAGCGGCAGCAAAUGCCAGAGCAGACACGUGGACGUGGAGAGAGCUGAUUGUUGUGCUGUCAAGCAGAUUAGCAUGAAAAAGGGUGGCCUAAUUGCGACACUUAGCUGUGGCAUCCUGAUAAUACGGAACAGAACAGCGCUCCUCUAUAACACAAAUCCGACCAGACCAAUUUACCCCGUAGAUAUUUUUUUUUUUUUUACAUUUUAUUUUCGGGGCGGAGGUAUUUUUUGUUAUGUGUGAUUCACUGCCAUCCUUUUUUUUUCUUUUUUCCUUUUUUUUUUUUUUUUGCUGUCUAGAUCAUGUCAUCGCGAUCCGUUCAUUUGAAGCAGCACACCAGCACACAGAUUUCAGCUUCUCCUUCAGUUCUCAGUACAAAAAUGAGAACGUUUAAGAGAGACGAAGCUGUCUGCUGAUUUACAUCUGCUCCAGAAUUCUUGAACCUGAGCAGCACACUCAGAGGAUGGAGACUUGUCAAGGUGACUUCCUGUAGCAGCUUACAAAACUUUCUCUGUCUGAGCAAGAAGUAAAAAAAAGAAGAUGGAGGAGCGUGAAGCUCAGAUAAAGGAGCUACAGGACACAAUCACAGAGCUCCAUCAGGAGAUGUCUCUGAAGGACCAGGAAAAACUUCAGCAGCUUAAGCAGCUUGUUCACCUCGAAGCCAGAAUCAAGACACUCACACAGGAGUUACAGAGCUCAGCACAGACCAUCGCUCAGCUCAGACACGAGGCCAGAGACAGCACUGUGAGCAACAGUGUGUUACACAGAGAUGUGUCCAGUGAUCAAAUGGCGGGAAGAGGACUAGAAGUCUUAAAGAGUGAGUUGACGCAUCGUGACGCGACCGUCCAGAAGCUGCAGAGAGAUCUGCUUUUGUCUCAUCAGGCCCGCGAUUCCCAGAGUGCUCAGCUGGACAUCCAGGAGCAGAGGCUGUGGGAGCUACAGAGGGAGCUGCAGGAGAAGCAGCAGGAGCUGCGGAGAGGACACAACCGCCUCCAGCAGCUCAGCGUUGAGCUCAAGAGCUCGACGAGGAACGCUCAAGAGCUACAGGGUCAGCUACUUGAGGCAAGGACUCGUGUGGUCCAGGUGGAGACUGAGAAUGAAGCUCUGCUGGAAUAUAAGUGUUUACAUAAAUCCGAGGUGGAGAAGCUCAGUGCUGAGCUGUCCUCCAUUCAGAGAGGAAGUGAAGAAGAGCAGGAGACUGAGAGGAAGUUCAGGGAGCUUCAGGCAGAGCUCUCAGCCACUCGGGCUCGCCUUAGCGACUGCCAACAUGGGACACAGGAGGCCCAGAAGAGGGCAGAUGAACAGAUCCAGCGGCUGCAAGAGGAGGUGUCCAGGCUGAAGCUACAGCACCAAAGCGUCAAUCAGCAACUGCAGGAGCGCAACAUGGACCUGCAAAGUCUUCAGAAGGCCCACGCCGAGCUGCAGGUUCGAGACAAAGAGGGCCAGAGAGAGCUGAGUCGAAUCAGAGAGGAGCUGCACAACGCCGCCCUGAGGGCAGAAGAGCAGCGUCUGAAAGAGGUCCAGAUUGAUGAGCUUCAGCGAGAGGUUGACAGGAUGCUGGCCCUGCUGGAGAAAGACAGGGAGGACGGCAGUCAGGCGGAGGAGUUGGUGCGACUGAGGGACGAGCAGCUGCGACUCAAAGACAAGCUUGACGAGCGCGAGGACAGACUAGCAGCUAUGGUUCUAGAGGCUGAGUCUCUAAAACAGAAAGUUCGUACUCGCCACAUGGAAGCAUCCGUCCUGCAGCAGCAGCUUCUCACCUACCAGGAUGCACUGCAGAGAGCAACUGAUGAGCUCAAGAGCUGCCAUCGAGAGCUCAGAGAAUGGGAGGCUCAGAAAGGAGGACAGGAGCAAAGAGUGGUGGAGUUUAAGGCUGAACUGAACCAGCUACAGCACCAGUACACCACCUGCUACUCACAGCUGGUGGAGGAAGAAGCGUUAGUGUCCAGGUUGAGGAAUGAACUGAAGCAGGCUGAAGGACAGAGGGACACACUGGUGUCUCAGCUGCAAGAUCAGCACCAUCAACUCCAUCUGCUCACAGAGAAACACCACGCGGCUCAGCAGGAGGUGGCCUGUAGGGACGACACCAUACUGAAGUUAACCGCCGAGCUGAGCGCCACCCAGCAACGUCUGACCUCCACACAUGACGAGGAACACUUGCUGCAAAUUGAACAUGAAAUAAACAGGGGAGAGCGGAGAAACCCCUCGUCUGAUCGAAAGAAAGACGGCUUUGAAAUUCUCCGUGCACGCAGUGUAGUGAAAGACUGCGAUGACCAGCUUGAAGGCCAGGUUCAGGAGGUGAAAUCUAAAGCUGAGGAGGUCAUAAAUUUGGAGGAGGAUGUAAGAAGAUUGCAGAAGCUCCUGAAUCAGAGGGAGGAGACACUCGAGGAGGAACAACGCAAAAAUGUUCAGCUUCAGAUAGAACAAGAAAAUCUUCAUACACAGUGUGAGAGCAGGCAGGACGAGCUGUGCAAACUUAGCGCUGAGGUGCAGCAGUGGCAGCAGGAGGCGCAGGUCCAAAGGGAGAGCCGGGAGAAGGAGGUGCAGGGCCUGAGGAGCGAGCUGCAUGAGGAGCAGAGGUGCCUCCAUCAGCACAAAGCCACUGUGGAGGGUUUGCACAGAAAGCUGAAGUUGGCACAGAGGGAUGCAGAGGACGAGAUCUCCCGUAAGGAAGCCGCUCUGCGCUCUCAGGACUCGGAGCUGACUCGGCUGAAGGCCGAUCUACUCGAGGCUCGUAGGCAGGUUUCGGACGCAGAGGCCCGAAUGCAGACGCUCUGUGAAUCUGUGCAGCUUCACAAGCAGAAAUACCAGACUUGUGUGAGCAGGAUCUCAGAGCUGGAGAGCAUGCUGCAGAGCCACGAGGAGGACCACAGGCAAAGCAGAGCUCAGAUGGUCGAGAGGGAGGAGCAGGUGGUUCGUCUGCAGGCGGAGAUCGUGGCUCUACGGGGCGAUGUGGAGGCGCGCUGUGCUCAGCUGGAGAGCGGAGACGAGGCCCUGACCACUUUGAGUAGGCGAUUGAGAGACACGCAGCGGGAGCUUGAGAUAAGCCACGCCCACACACAAGAGUGUGAACUGGUCAUUGACGCACUCCGAGACAACAUGAACACCCUGCACAGUCAGGUGGAAGAGAAGGAGGAGGCCGCACUGAAGCUCCAGUCUGAUUUCUCUCUUUACCGAGCGACUCACAUGCACUCCGCGUCAGACUACGAAUCCCAAAUUUGUCGCAUCCGUGAACUGGAACAGGUACUGUCCCAGGCCCUGGAGCACUCCGGAACCUGUCACUCAGAGAUGGAGAAGCUCAAAGAGGAAGCACAGGCACAGAAGCAGCUCAGAGAUGGCAGCCUGGCGGAGGGGCGAAGGCUACAGGAGUUGAUGAGGAAGCUCCAGGCUGAUGCAGUGUGUGAGGCUCGGAGCAGGCAGGCUGGUGUGGACGGUCUGGAGUUUAGAGUCACCGAACUGGAGGAACAAUUAGAGGCAGCUCGUAGGCAGUGUAUACAGAAAGAGCAGGCCGUGCAGAAAAGAGACACGCUCCUAAGGCAGUCGGAAACAGACCUGAUCCAGGCACGGGAAAAGAUCCGAGGCAAGGCGGCAGAGACGGAGAGACAAAACACCACCAUUCAGGCUCUACAGGCGGAUCUCCGACAAGCCAAGAAAGAGAAGAGAGAGAAGGAGAACGAGUGCAGCAAGCUUCGCACACAGCUGCUGCAGAUGCGUGACGAGCUUAAAGAGGCUCGGAGCAGCUGCAGAGACAACGCACAGGAACUGGCUCGUCAUGAGGAGAAGGUGCUUCUGCUGGAGGGAGGGAAUCAGCAAGCGCAGGAGCAGCUGGCAGAGCGAGUAGCUGAAGUGGUCCGGGCUGAGCAGGCCCAGAGGAGACUUCAUGCCGAGCUCAGGAGAGUCCAGCAGAGGCUAGAAUCGAGUGAGCAGGAGCUCCAUGACUGCCGGACUCAGCUGGAGCAGGUGAAGGUGGAGGCUGCCAGCAACAGGCAGGCUCAGCUCAGCGCCAAGCAGGAGGCAUUACGGCUGCAGCAGGAGAACCAGGAGCUCCAGGACGAGCUAAACAGCACCAAAGAGACCUUUACACACACGCAGGAGCAGAUGAGGGAAUAUUCGGCUCAGGCUCAGGCACUGCGUGUGGAGCUGGUUCAGGAGCAGGCACGGCAGCAGGAACAGCUGGACUGGGUACAGAGGACACGCCAGAGAGAGGACAACCUGGAAACUGAGAGAAAUCAACUUAGAACUGAUCUUGAAACAGUCAGAAACCAGCUGCAGGAGCGGGUUUGUGAGCUACACAGCACCACUCUCAGGCUGCAGGAGGAAGAGGUAGACAAGCAGACGCAGCUGCAGGAAAGAGAUGCUCGCAUCGAAACUUUCAGCAAAGAGCUGGCUGAGCGUAAGCAGGAGGUGACACACUUGCACCAGCGGCUGAUCCAGCAGGAAGAGCGAAACACAAAACUGAGUACAGAGCUGCAGCAGCUGCGCAGUCAGAGCCACCUCUCUCAGGACGAGACCCGGGCGUUUGAGGGGCGUCUGGUGGAGUUAAACAGUCAGCUGGCACGCGCUCAGCUCUGGGGUCAGCAGCAGCUCGUCACCCUGCAAUCCAGAGAGGAGGAACUGGUGCUCCUGAAGGUGGAGGUGGCCUCCCUUAGAGAGAACUACCGCUCCAAAGUAGCUCAGUUGGAAACCGUACACUCUGAGAUGGACUCUGUAGAACAGAAGUACAGAGAUGCUUUGAGUGAGGUGAAGGUGUUGAAGCAGGCUUUGGGCGACGCUCGCACUGACAGUUCCCGUCUGCACAGAGAAAGCGAGCUGGUGGUCACCAAUGUCAAUCAAUGGGUCAAAGAGCAAAAGCAGGCCAGCGAGAAACUUGGCUGCAAAAUCAGAGACCAGAGCAGGAUGAUCAUCCACCUCACAGCGGAAAAAGAUCACCUACAGGAGAAUGUGGAGAAGCUGCAGGCGGAGAGCCGGAGGUUGAGGGUGGAGCUCGAUGAGCAGAGAAUGGAGGCAGAAAGAUACAAGGCAUUACAGACUCAGAGCGUGAGUGAGCAGCUGCACAGCCGUCAGCCUUCCGCAACAUCAGGAAUCUUCAGUCAUCAGCGGGAGAACAUGAGCAGAAAGAAGCCUCUGGCAGUUCGGCUGGAGCGAAGCUGAGGUGUGUGCAGAGCCACGCCCGGCUCGAGUUUUGCCGCUGAAGUGGCACGGCGAGUCGCUCAAAGGGCACUGAAGAGAAGGACCCGAAAUAAGCCACAUCGCUGGAAGUUUAUACCUCCAUAAAUGUACUUUCUCUCAGGAAUUGUCUGCGACACUGAGGCACUUUUAAAAAAAAAAGUAAUACAGCAUUGAUGGAGAAAAUAUGUGAAUAGAAGUGAUGGAGAUUUGGGUUUGUUUACACCUAUAUAUUUUCUAAACCUGUUAAACUUGAAUAAUAUAAUGACACUAUGACAGAUGCUAUGAGAUAUAAGAUAAUGGCGUUUUCUUUGGCAGUGAAAACGAGUGCAGUUUUCAUUUUUUAGGACGGAGUGUCAGUGUGUGUUAAUCAUUAUGAAACUUGUUUUGCUCUGAGGUAAGUGAACACAGCUUCCUUUGCGUUUGUUCACUGGGGUGAUAUUUAAUGUAAUCAUUUUUUUUUUGUUGACAUUUCAGCAUUUGUCAUAAAUUUCUCAGUGGCUUUCAGAUCAAAAACUUUUCAAGCCUCCUGGCAUUUAAAAUCUUUAGAAAAGAACUGUAAAACACAUCUCUAGUGUCUGCAUUUACAUCUGGGCUUUUUUUUUUUUACAACCCUGAUGUCUUUCUCUGAAGAUAAAUCAUUCGGUGUUUGUGUGAAAUACAACAGUCGUGUGCA